UCCUCCCUCCUCCCUCGUAUAUCUGUCGAGAAAAAGUUGAGAAGCGACGACGAAGUUCAGCAGAUUCCAAGAACACAUUUCUCUCUUCUGCCCGUCUAUUAUUGGCAUGUUUACUGCCAAAAAGUUUCACUUUACCUCCGGCUCUCUUCACCAUUCUUCUAUCUGACACAGUGUUUAUAUCACAGAAUUCUUAUAUACACAUAUACAUAUCUACAUAACUUUAUAUAUUAAUAUUUAUACACACACAUACACAUAAUAUAUAUAUGUGUGUAUUUAUACAUCUCUAUUCUGGUGCGGACUUGGCCUGUUCUAUGCGAUCGUCUACCGAACAGAUAUAUAUAUUAAUUAUCGCUUAAUUAGCUCUUAAUUGCUGCAACAAAUUACUGCUGGAUCACGCAAGUGACAAACUUACAUAAAACAGUUAUUCAAAGCUAGAAUGAUGGCCACUGAAGGCACAGCUGAAGAAAUUGAGAUUGAAUUACGUUCACCUGACGAGAAACCCGUUUCAGAAUCUGCACCAACAGGUGUAGCACCAAAGGCCAGCAUGCCUGAUUUAGAAAUUGCUACUGCUGAUUAUGACGAGGAUGAACGUGAAGGCAAAGGUGUUCUCUUCAUCGGCUUUACUGCUUUAAUAGUCAUCGGAAUUCUGCUCCUGAUUAUAUUGUUGCCGCUGAGUUUUAGUUACCUUGACUACUACGAGCUGGGUGUCGUCCGCAACAAAGUUACCGGCAGUGUUAGCUUGGACCGUGUCUAUUCCAACGGACGUUACGUCAUUGGGCCAUCACAUGAAUUUAAAGUAUUCAAGGCAGACGCCCAUGUCGAGUACAUCAACAACAUCCGAGUGUUUACAUCAGAUAAACUUGAAGUGGGACUUUCAGGUGCCUUUCAAUAUUUUCUUCGACUGAAUCAACUGGCUUACCUACACAAGAAAUAUGAUGUGUAUUACAAGGACAAGGUAGUGAAGAAAGCUAACGAAGCCAUAAAGAAUGUUGUAACUGGUUUCACCACCCGAAGUGUCUUUAAAGAGCGAAAGAGAUUGGAAGAUGCAUUGUUGCUGGGUUUACAGACCACUCUUGGAGGUAUUUGUUGCCAUCAAGGCUGUAUACAGCCUGAAAUUGAAAAUAAUUCCACAAACGUUACCGUGACUGUGCCGCCAAGUGGGAAUGGUGAGAUCAGCAAUGCAUUUAAUUGCUUUGAGGGAUGUAAACCAAGGAAGAACUGUACCGAAGCGGAUUAUGGGAUGUUUGUUGAUGUGCGUUACUUCCAACUGGGACCCGUGGAUAUCCCUGAUGACCUCGAUCAGAGUUUCUUGAAUACGCUGGUUUUAAGGGCCAGUGCUGAAAGACAGAAGUAUUUCCAGGCUGCGCAAUUAGUCCGGAAGGAAACAGAACAGAAGGUUAAGAAUUUCGAGAACCAUGCUGCUGAGAUUUUAGAAUCGGCCAAAUCUGACUCAAAACUCAUAACACAAACGAUGGAUGCUAACGCCAGUUUUACUGUGGAGACUGCUCGAAUUACAGGAUUGAAAAACCUUUAUUCAACUCUCAAUCUGACCGAUAUGAGACAACGAAAUAAGUUUGAUUAUCUUCGCUCUUUACAAAAAGUUAAUGAUUUGCGCUUAACAAUUGGUUAUAAUCAAAAGAUUUCUGGUUCAUUCCCCAGGGUUUGAGAUUUUUUAAAGUUGAGCUUAUCACUGCCAAUCGAUGUUUAUUAUUAUUAUUUUUUUUUUGUUAUUUGUUUAUAAUUUAAUGUAUUUUCAUGAAGAAUAUUAAUGCAAAGUGUAACACUGAUUCUGGAGAGUAAAAGCCAGGGAUGACCCUAAUGCCAAACAUUUGUAGAAUUAACAUCAAGAAUAAAAGAGUGAAAAAAA